AAAAAAGAACAAGCCGGUUGGUAUCGUGUAUAUUCGGGGACGAAGAAAACGGGGCGUUAGUUUUCUUUUUGAGGGUUUCGGAGCACCCCCUCACCACAAGCCAAACACACCAUGCAACAGGAAGGCGAAUGCACCAAGCUAUGCGCGAACGGCUGCGGUUUCUUUGGCAAUGCCGCGAGUGGCGGCAUGUGCUCCGUGUGCUGGAAGAAGACCAUGUCGAAUCGCCAGGUCGAAACCGAUGCAUACACGUCACCCCCGACGACAACGCAAGCUGCCGUGCCGGCACCUCUAGUCGACGCCGUCGUUCCCACGCCCGCCGUCGCGUCCCCCGUAAACACACCGCCUGCUGAAGAAGCUGUCGAGCCGGUCGUCGUUCAAAAAAACAAGGGACGUUGCUGGGAAUGCAAGAAAAAAGUCAGACUCACUGGCAUCGAAUGCCGGUGCGGUUUCGUGUAUUGUGGCUCGCAUCGUUUUGCUGACCAACACAAUUGCUCGUACGAUUUCAAAACGGCCGAUCGAGCAGAAUUGGCCAGACGCAACCCCGGGGGUGGAGCUUUUGGCAAGAUUGACAAGCUGUAAGCAAGUGUUCCAUCAGCCCAGUCGCCGUCGCCGCUGGUCGCCCUGGACUUGUAUUUUCCAGAGGCGGACCUUCUCCCGGCAAGACUGCGUGUCGGACCAGAGUUCGAUUCGCCCCCCACGAUGGAUUUAGCUUGUAUAAGGCAGGUGUAGGUUAGUUUUCUCUAUAAUUUCGAAAUACUUGAAUUGAUCACA